AUGGCAGACAUUGUUGUUCAAGAGCAUUGCGUCGUGACCCUCGGCUCAAUAUCCUACUAUGUCCGCAGCAGGAUCGAGAAGUCACUCGGCGAUCAAGGUUCUGACCAUCUGACCCCCGCCAUUGUCGUUGACCUGCCUCAUUCAGGGGUAACCCUGGAGCAGCUGGAACAUUCUUUCGCUGGCUUUUAUGCUGAGGAUGAUGUUUUUCAACAAGCCUUCCUACACGGGAGCAUUAUCAUCGUCCAGCUUGAUACUUAUGCCGAUGCCGAGCCCAUUGUUCCUGACAAUGUCCAGCAAUUCCUCCAGUCUCACUCGAGCCGACUUGUCAUAUCCCGCCACUCUUCUUCUGAUUCAAGAAUUCCGCAAGGGCCUUAUUUCAGCAAGAACCGCAAACUACACCAGGCAUGGCGUCUCUACGAGGACCCGUUCCACAGUUUUGUGUCGGCCAUUGUCCCGUCCGAUGAUGGCCAUAAAGCUCGAUUCAAGCCACUGCCCGUCACCGCCUAUACGGGUAUACACCCUGUCGUUGCCGUCCCAUCUCGACUCUACUUUCCUCCUUCCAACGACAAGCCUCUGAAUGGCAAGCGCGUCACUGUCAAAGACAACUUCCACCUGGAUGGCACCGUCACAACCAUGGGCAGUCGAUCAUAUGCAACCUACUACGGAUUCCAGCACACAACGUCGUCAUACGUUCAAGACCUAUUACGUCAAGGCGCGGUGGUUAUAGGCAAGACCAAGAUGGGCGCUUUCACUGGCUCUGAGGCACCACCGGAGAAAACAAUUGAUUAUUUCCCACCCUUUAACCCUCGCGGAGAUGGAUAUCAAGGGCCAUCCGGAAGCUCCAUGGGGGCGGGAUCUUCAAUUGCAGCUUACGACUGGGUUGAUAUUUCGCUCGGUACCGAUACUACUGGCAGCAUCCGGAUGCCCGCCGCAUCCUACGGGGUAUGGGGAAUACGGGCAACACCCAGCACUUUCUCCCUCGAAGGCGUUGCGCCAAGUGUGCCGCCAUUUGACACUCUCGGUAUAUUAGCGAGAACAUCUUCCGAGAUUCUCUCCCUUUAUGAUUCUCCCAAGAAAACCCUUGCUGGUAUUACGAAACCCAAACGCGUCUUAUAUCCAACUGAUUUUUUCCCCAUGAAGAACGAUUCUCAACAGAUCAUGCAAGAAGAGUUCCUUGACGUCUUAGAGAAAUAUCUAGGAGUAAGACAUGAAAAGGUGAACAUCUCGGAAAGAUGGUCGACCACUGGCCCGAAAAAUGCACAGAACAUCCCUCUCAGUGAUUUCAUGAAAAAGUCUGGGUACUGGCCCAACUUCUAUGACGGAUAUCAUGUCUAUGAUGAAUUCAGAUCAGGCUACCAGGACAAGUUUGGCAAGAAGCCAUACGUUAGCCCCUUUAUGACAACACGCUGGUACGAGGGCAGCACCCGAAGGCAACGCGGCAUUGAUACAACCGUUGAACAACGGAACCAGGGUCUUCAGGAAUGUCAGACUGUUUCUGACUGGGUGUAUUCGGAGCUUCUUCAUCCAGACACGAUCAUGUUGCUCCCUGUCGGACGACCAGGAGCUAAUUAUCGCGACACGAUCCCAGAACCUGGCCGAGGAGGCCCCCCUGACACUGCAUUCAGCCCAAUGUACUUUCCUACAGCCAUUGGAGCUCCACAUCUCAUUAUACCAAGUAUUCAUUAUCUUGCCAUUUGUUGGGAGAAUGACAGUGACGUGGCUAAUGAUUUUUUUUAG